AUUUGAAUCUUUCAGGAGAGGUUGAACAAUGUCCAGUGUACAUGAAGCCUAAAUUGGGUAACUAAAGGACAACUAUCCUGAAAACUCUGUUUGGUAUCUGUAUCCAGUUAGGCAGGGUUCACGUGGUUUCUGGUUUUCAACAAAAAUGAGUACAUAUGCUUCAAGAGUCAAAACAUGGCUGUCAUCUACUUGGCAUGUUAAAGUGCCAGAUCCCUGGUUAGAAGCUUGCAUUAACUGGAUUCUGGAGGAAAAUGGUGGUUCUUCAUUCUCUCAGGCUGAGAUUAAUAAACAAGUUUUUGAGCAAUGGCUUCUUGCAGACUUAAGAGAUUUGGAUUUCCCUGUGUUACCCACUGUUAUCUUGGAUUCCCUAAAGUUUGAACUGAGUGGGUUUUAUGCCGUACAAAUAGAUUCCUUGGUUGAUGUCAGCCUACCUGCAUAUUCACAGCUUCAAAAUUUAAGAGGACAAGGACAUGGAAAUGAGCAGGUUACUGCUAAAACCCAAGUAACACAGCAGCCAUGGGAAGCAAAACCAACCCGAAUGCUCAUGCUGCAGCUGACUGAUGGAACACAAAAUGUUCAAGGGAUGGAAUACCAGUCUGUACCAGCUCUUCAUGUUGGGCUUCCACCAGGCACCAAGAUAUUGCUACAGGGUACUAUUUGUUGUCGUCUGGGUGUCCUGUUGCUUAAACCAGAAAAUGUGAAAGUGCUUGGAGGAGAAGUAGAAGCCCUUUCAGAGGAGAAUUCACAAGUAAAAGUUCUUUCAAGACUGAUUGGAAUAGAGGAGAACGCUGUGCCACAGAGGACAUCUGGGCAAGCUCAGAGUGCAGUAAGGCAACAGGAUGCAAUAGAGCAAGCACUAGGGUUAUCAGAUGAAGAUUUGUUAGCAAGCCUUGAUAACGAUGAAUUAACACUCAACAACAACACAAUUCCUGAAAGUGGGUAUCAUAGUAGAAGUUACAUCUCAAGUGUUUCCUUGCAGGACCAGGAAUUACAUAUACCAAGCACAAGACAGUCCUAUAUUCCAACUUCUAAUGAACCUGCUCAUGUUAUCGUUCGAGAUGAUUUUGAGGAAGUGAAUGAUUUAGACGAUGAUUUGUUUUUGGAGGAAGAAAUUCAGAGAGAAAUAGAGGAGAUGUCUAUGGAUUACACAGAGACUAUCAAUAGAAAUCCGAAUGCCUCUUCACAAAGGUGUACUCCUACAGCUGUCGCUCCAAAUGUGCCAUCCACCAGUCAGACUGUAUCUGUUAAGCUGGAUACUCCUCCAUUUACCUAUUUGUCUGUUCUCUUUAAUGACAAAAGUGGUACAUGCAAUCAGAUAAAGCUAAAGGCCUUUAUUGUGACUCUUAUUGGAAAUCUUGCAAGCAGCAGUGGCUUUUGGAGUAUAAAGGCCAAAAUAUCUGAUGGAACUGGUUACUUGGAUGUUGAAAUCAGUAAUGAUGUCCUUACAAAACUUAUAGGGUUUUCAGUGCCUGAGAUGAAAAAGCUUAAAAAGGAUCCUACACAGCAGAGCAGACUCAAGGCUGGAAUUCUGAAAUGUCAAACAGAACUUACUGACUUCUGUGGGAUAAUGACUGUUUCAUGCAAACCCCCAACAGUUGUGGCUUUAGAGGAUGUCACUGAAGAAACUAUAUUGUUAUUAAGGAGGCGGGUAAACAUAUAAUGUGUUUUCCUUUUAUUUGUAACACCCCUUUUGUUUAUAAUAAUCUGCUAGUAUCUAAAGCUAGACGCACAUUUCACAGUCUGAAUGUAUAAUAUCCUGUAGACUCCCGACAAAUAUGCAGUGCAGGACCUUUUUUGGAUCUUUUUUUAAAUCUUAAAUUUUUUACAAGAUCUCCUUUAAAUGACAUUUUGGCUAGCUUGAAUUGUAUGGCUUAGAGCUGGAGCUUUCUCCACAAUUUGGCCUAAAUUACAACGCUGUUUAGGUAUGCUGAAUGUACCAUUCAUAACAAAAGCAAAUGAUCAGUAAGCAAAAAUAGUUUUCACAGGUUGGAGAAACCAUUUGUAUUAAGGAUGCUGAUACCGAGUAUUUUCAUGAGUCCUCGUACUUGUGAAAAUGUUCUUGAUACCGAAACCGAUACUUUGUGGCGCAAUUUGCGUCCAUACAAAAAACGCAUGCAGUUUGAACAGGAAUGCAGUGCGAUUCCUGUACGAAACGCAUGCAAUUUUCCCCACCGCUCAUGUGUGUGUGGACCCAGUAUAGAAAGGGAAGCGCCAUCUAGUGGAGCAAUGGGCAGUUUAAAUAUAGAUGUUAUAACAACUCAGAAUAAAGUACAUAUCUAGUCCAAAUUCAAAUCUGCAUAGUGUCCAGUGCCACUGGAAGUGCUUACAGGGCUGGAGGAGAAGCUCAAUGACCCCUAUGGGUAUAGCGUGGAACUUCUCCAGCGGCUGUGGUUUUCUAUCAUCGAUGGGAAUACUAUGUAGAUUUGGAUUUGAUAGCAUAUGUACUUUUGUAAUAGCAUUUUUAAUAAACUGACCAUUGCUGCACUAGAUGGCGCUUCCCGCUCUAUAAUGGUUUCACACACACACACACACACGGGCGGUGGGUGAAAUCGCAUGCUAUUAGGACAGGAAUCGCACCACAAUUCUGUUCAAAUCACGUUUUUUGCAGUGUGAUUUGCGCUCAUUCAUUUUGUAUGGAUGCAAAUUGCACCAAAAAGUAUCGGUACUCUGUAUCAGGGGGGUACUUGAUUGAAAGUAUCGGUACUCGUACUCGCCGAUUUAAAAAAAAAACGGUAUCUGUGCAACCCUAAUGUGUAUAAUUGGUGCUUGCAACAUUCAGAAGACAUUAACUCAUACAUGGCCUUAUUAGAAAUGGGUAUCACAUUUGUUGCAUUGUGUGCUUUUGUCAACCAGUUCUAUACUCAAUUAUUUGUAAAGAACAUGCUUGUGCCAACGAUUUUGCUCUGUUGAUCAUGUUCUUUUCCUUUCAUUGGGCAUAUGCCCAGGCUGUCAAAUUUGAGGUUCAAUUGUACUAGGUUUGUUAAGGAACGCUAUUUUCCUAAAACUUAUCAAUAACAUUACCUGGUAUAAAUGUGAUCAAGUUCUGGCAUCUGCAUUAAAUUGCUGAAGCACUUACAAUAUUUAAAAGCCAUUUUGUUUGAAACCAGCUUUCUCACAUGGGAAAGCUUGAAAUAACACUGGUCUGAAUGUAGGAGUUUCUUACAUUUUUGUUUUUAGCUUGUUUGCUUUGAAAACCUGUUUAACACCAUAGCUUUCAUAUUUUAUGAAGUACAGUUUCCUUUAAAAAGUAGAGUAGUUGAAAUUUUACAUUCGCACACUACACUUAAGCUUUCAUGUAUACAUCUGUUAGUCCUCAUUAGUUGAGCACAGUGCUUUAAUACUAAAAUACACUAUGCAGUAUACAAAAAACAGUAUUACCUAUUAAUAUUUCUGAAUACAUUUUGCAUGAAACAUAGUGGAAAAACAAAAAGGAUUUUCAUAAUUUUUUUUUUUUAUCGGUGCCAGAUGUUGUUAACCUUGGCUCAUGAUAAUAUGUAGCUUCCAGACCUAAGUAAUGUGUGCAAAGUUCACAGUAUAAUAAUGGACUAAUGUUUAUUACCUAUAAUUCAUAGUUUUUUCUACACUGGUUGUUUUUUUAUUCUGAUGGAUAGUAGUAUAAAUAUAUUGUACUGUUUUUUUAAAUCUAAAAAUAAAUGUAUAUCCUAUACAGCAUAAAUUUAAGAUGCAUACCCUCUGUA